CGCUCCGCGCACGCGCAGUCCGCGCCGGCUGCAGCUGAUCUCAUGGCGUCCGAGAGGCUCCAGAGCCGGCCGGCCUGCCUGCUGGUGGCCAGCAGCGCCGCCGAGGGUGUGUCGGCCCAGUCCUUCCUCCACUGCUUCACGCUGGCCAGCUCUGCCUUCAACCUGCAAGUGGCCACCCCUGGGGGGAAAGCCAUGGACUUUGUGGACGUGAACGAGACCAACUCGCGCUGGGUGCAGGACUUCCGCCUCAAGGCCUACGCCAGCCCCGCCAAGCUCGAGUCUAUCGACGGUGCCCGGUACCACACCCUCCUGAUCCCCAGCUGUCCGGGAGCCCUGUCCGACCUGGCCAGCAGCGGGUCCCUGGCCCGCAUCCUGCAGCACUUCCACUCCGAGAGCAAGCCCAUCUGUGCUGUUGGCCACGGUGUGGCUGCCCUCUGCUGUGCCACCAACGAGGACAGGUCCUGGGUGUUCCAAGGCUACAGCAUGACAGGGCCCUCCGUGUACGAGCUCAUCAGGGCGCCUGGCUUUGCCCGCCUGCCACUCAUCGUGGAGGACUUCGUGAAGGACGCGGGUGCCAGCUUCAGUGCCAGUGAGCCUGAUGCCGUGCAUGUCGUGCUGGACCGCCACCUCAUCACCGGCCAGAAUGCCAGUUCCACCGUCGUGGCCCUGCAGAAUCUGCUCUUCCUCUGUGGCAGCAGGUGAGGG